CAAAGAUGAUGGAAUGAUGAUCUUUGAUUGUGAAAUACAAAGAGUGUGGAAUGUUUUGAAACCCGAUAAGCGGAUGUUUUGAGUUGGUGUAUCACACGAGUGAAUAUUCCAAAGAGAAAAAAACGUAAUGAUAUUGGUGUGUUCGAAGACGACAAAAAUUACUGCGAUGGAAACAGAAAACAAUGCCGAUAAAGAAUUACCGAACCAGUGCAGUUAUCAAAUGACUUCGAUUGUCAACGAUGAUGUACAACACGGAAGGAAAGAAUGUUCCUCGGACUCUAGGCAAGGAAUAUGCGAGCUGUUGAAAAACCGUCCAAAGUUUCGAGCCUUGCUUCAUGGCCACAGGUUUCAGAUGGUCAUCAUUGCUUUCGUCGUCUUAGAUUUCCUGAUUGUGUUAGUUCAGCUACUUAUGGACAUUCAAAUACUUAGAGGAGUUCACCAUCAUCAUAAGGCAAUUGAAAUUCUCCAUUAUACAAGUAUUGGCAUUUUAGGAUUGUUCCUUUUCGAGAUCGUUGUGAAGCUCUACGCUUUUGAUUGUCAAUUUUUUCAUCACAAACUUGAGGUCUUUGAUGCUAUUGUUGUCUGUGUUUCAUUUGCAUUAGAUGUGGCAUACAGUGGCAAUACAGAUGCAUGGGAUGCUGCUGGUCUUCUCAUUCUUUUGCGGCUUUGGAGAAUUGUCAGGAUAAUAAACGGGGUCGCUUUGUCUGUGAAAAUUGAAAUGGACCACAAAGUACAUCACUUAAAAAAAGAAAUAGAUCACUUGCAAACACAAGUGGACAACUACAAGGUGAAAUGUGAAGAACAAGAGAAAGAGAUAACAGAGCUUCAAAUUGAACUUCAAAAACAUGAGAAAGUAUCUGCUAAUCUUGAUGAACCCAAACCUGAUAAUAUAUAAUUAAAACACUAUAAACAUUUUGAUUUUUAUACAAUUCAUGAAUACUCCAGUAAAAGAAUAUUUAUUUGUCACUUGCACUUGUGUACAAAUGUAUAAAAACUAGAUGUUAGAAUGAAGACCUUGAAAGAGGUUUCGUCAUGAACCUUCUAA